AUGGACAAACUCCCGCUACCUCUGUUCAAAUCAAACCUGGAUCGGACAGUAGCUCUUUAUCAUGCAAUCUGCAUAGGAAGCCUAGAUUUGAUCAAACAAAUCACCGACUUGCCUCACCUUAUCGCAGCAAUCGAUGAGUUCAAUAACUUCGGAGAUGACCAUGUCAAAGGUGGUUAUUUUGCCGGGGAUGAGAAGGCAUUUGCAGCAAGCAACUUUGGCGGUUACGUCAGCCCUCUCAUUGUUGCAAUCAAUAAUCGCAAUGUUGAAUCGAAACAUGGAAUGGAAAUUAUUCAAUUUCUUCUGGAUGCUGGUGCAGAUCCAAACACACCGGACCGAUUCCAUCGGAAUUUGCCAUUAUUUGUUGCCGCGAGCAAGGGCGACCAUGAACUUGCGUCUCUACUGCUCGACAACAAAGCUGACCAGUUUAUUUACUCGAUCGAGGGUAGCCUUAUUCUGCGGGAUGGCUCCUUGCGUGAGAGCCAUUGGAAGAAAUGGAAAUUGCUUGUUCCACUUGAUGCUGCUAUGCGAGGAGGCUAUAUUGAGCUAGCGGAGCUCCUUAUCGAACGUGGUGAGCCUUCCACUUAA